AUGGCACCCACAACACAACAACAACUCCACAUCCCCGAUCUCCUAUCCAUCCUUAACAUCCAAAGCGACACCAACCCAUACGAGGAUGUCGUCCGACCAGAAACAGAAAAAUGGGUGUCCAGCUACGGAAUUUUCACCGGCACCAGCUGGGACAAGUUCCUUGCAUCAGACGUUCCACGUUUCUCAUCGCGCACAUUCUCCUACGCCGAUCGCGACAAGUUGAGGGAUUGUACCGAUUUUUGUCUUUUGAUGUUUGCAUUGGACGAUAUAACGGACGACGAAGACCAGAAGGAGGGGACGCUUACUGGCCAGGCGUGUAUUCGCACUAUGCAGAGUGAUGGACCGCUGCUCUCUUCUUCGCCUGGUGAAAGGAUGAUUAAAGACUACCGAGCUCGAUUCUUUAAAUCGACGGGACCAGUCCUUCAAAGGAGGCUUUUGAAGGACUGGGAGGCGACUUUCAACGCCUUCCCCAAGGAGCUAGAAGUUCGUGAAUCGAAAGAAGUGUUGUCGAUUGAAGAGUAUACCUUGAUCCGUCGGGACAAUUGUGCGCUGCGCAUGGGAUUCACACACAUCGAGUACGCCCUCGGGAUCGAGCUUCCCGACGAGGUAUACCAAAAUCCAGUCUUCAACGAGAUGUAUUUGGCAGCGUUGGACAUGGCCUGGUUGUUGAACGACGUGUACUCCUACGGCAAGGAACACGCAAAAGGACAAGCAACGUGGAAUUAUCUCACCUGCGUUAUGCACGAAAAGUCCAUCGAUCUUCAAACUGCAGCAGAUUACAGCGGCAUUAAAUUUCGCGAACUUUACGAUCGCUUCAUAGACGGGAAGUCACGCUUGCCAUCAUGGGGAAAGCCAUUAGAUUCCGACGUUGCGGUAUUUUUAGAGGGAUUAGGUAUUUGGCUGGCUGGAACUUUACGAUGGUGCUUUGAGAUGCCGAGAUAUUUCGGCCCUCGUUAUGAGGAUGUUAGAUUUACGUACCUUGUUGACCUUGGGGUUUUUGAAGGCUGACGACACCUUUAUUACGAACGUAGAACGCAUUCCUGGUAGCAUAUGAUUCUGAAUAGUACUUUAGGUGUAUCCGCUUUUGCGUAGAAUUUUGAGUCACAUGUCGGAUCUUAUCUGAUCUU